AUGGAAGAAAUCAUGGAUGGAUAAAACCAAGUUGGUGUUAAGAGAUAUUACACACUCUUAUCUUAACUUGAGGUUUGAAUCUAGAAUUCAAUUAAGAUAUUACACACUUAAUCAAAUAUCUAGAACCUAAAAACUCACACUUAAGAUAACCACUCUUAAGAUAUAGAAUUAGAAAUUGGACUAAAAUAGCAUCACACUAUUUUAAGAAUACUCAAAGGGUAAACAAAGUUUUUAUACUCCCUCCGUCCGGAAAUAAUCUUCCCGUUUCUCCUUUUUUAUCGUCCGGAAAAAAUCUUCCCAUUUCUAAUUUUAACCCUUAUUCUUCCAAAACUACCCUUUUCAUUAAAUAACCUUUCUUUCUUUUUUUCCCUUUUCUUCCUAUUCUUCUCUUCUUUGUUUUUCUUUCCUCCUCCACUUCUCUAUCUUUUUUCUCUGCCUCAUCUCUCCAUCUCCUCGUCACUUUAAUUUCUUCCAUUCAUUUUUCGUCUACCUUAUCUCUUCCUCCACCUUUCUCAGACUUUCUCUUCUCCUCUCUCUCUCCCCCUUGAUUCUUCCUUCUCUUUCUUCGAUUCUUCUCUGCCUUCGAUUCUCCUCUCUCCCCCUCCAUCUUUUUCCCUCCUCCUUUCCUCUCCGUCUUUCUUCCAACUCUGGGCUAUGACGGCAAUGGUGGCGGUGAUUGUGGCGGCUAACGUGAUGGUGAGUGUAGAUCUAUACUACUACUCAUUAUUUUUUAUAGAUCUACACCACCACCCCUUUCUCUUUGUAUUUAUUUUAGAUCUGUUCCAUAAUAGCUGUGAUGGUGGUACAUGUGACAGUGUUGGGGCUGACCAUGAUGGUGGGGAUGCCAACGGUGGUGUGGCUGGCGGCGAUAAAAAGAUUGAUGGUGGUGGAAAGGGCUGGGCUAACGGUGGUGCUGGGGGCUAGGGAAGAUGUCGGAGCACCGGCGGUGAAGGGGUAGUGCUAGGGCUAAAGUUGGCGGUGGGAGCUGGCGAAUGUCAGAACCAGGGACGACCAGCUUCCUCAUUCCUUCACUAGCCUUUUUAAGGGCAUUUUAGUCAUUUCAACUCAUAAGUCAACCAUUCAAAAAUGAUAAAAAGUCCAAAUGGGAAUGUUUUGUCUGGAAGGAGAGAGUAUUAAAAGUUGUAUGUUACAAUGGCCAUAUGGCCGAAAUUUAUAAGAGGAAAGGGGGUGGGGGACAAACAUAUACAAUGAAUGCAAAUACAAGGA